AGUCAGACAAUGUGUGUGUGUGUGUGAGAGAGAGAGAGAGGGGGCUGUGAGGACGCUGAGUUCAUUCUGCUUGUCGCAAUGUUAGUGUCAGUCAAUGUGCUGAGUACUGGAUUCCACUGAACCAGGCUUCUAAAUGGACUGUAUCCCAGAGUACUUGGAUGUAUCGGAUGAUUGAUUCAUAGAAAUGGAGAACCUGCUCGCUAAGGCUCUGUAUGACAAUACGGCAGAGUCUCCGGAGGAGCUCGCCUUCCGCAAGGGUGACAUCAUCACCGUGAUGGAGCAGAACGUGGAUGGCAGCCAUGGAUGGUGGAGAUGCUCCCUACAUGGCCGCCAGGGGCUGGCCCCCGCCAAUCGCCUGCACCUCCUCUCCCCGGCUCAGAUGAGAGCCUUUGCCCAGGUUGGGCUCCAGACCCUCUGUGCUGGGAGAUCGCUGACCGGCAGCUGGAGCCGACCGAACAUCUAUCAGACCCCCACUGUGCCACGGCCGCCCCCCAGUGAAGCGUACGAGCCCAUGGACCGAAUCUAUAGGGUCCCUUUCAGCCCCAAGCUGAACCACGAAUCAUCUGGAAAAAGGACUACAGACCUACAGACCUCUAUGGACAAAAAACACCCUUCACUGAAAUCAGAAGGGAAAGUCUCCCCCUCCAAGAUCCCGGGAAAAUGUGUGGCUGCAGCAGAAGUGUAUGACGUGCCAACCCACCCACUGCGAGCGUUCACUACUGAAUCCAACUAUGAUGUCCCAAUGUCUUUGGCUACUGAAAACCAGCAAAGAACAGCCAUCAGUGGGUGCACCACCCUGCCCAACCCGCGUAAGUCCGAGUGGGUCUAUGACGUGCCCUUGAAACCUGAGAAGUACCAUGGCACCAUGAUGGCCAAGCCUAGGGGGCAGCAGGACCAUAUGUACGACACGCUGCCCCCCCGGGGAGCACUGACACUGGGCGCCAGCCCGGCACCACAAGCCUACGACGUCCCCAAUCCCAGCCCCUGCCUGAAGAACAGGAGCACCCAGAGACCAGAGGACCAAGAGUUGAUCUACGACGUCCCGCCAACGCUCAAGAGACAGGGGAUCGCUCAGAAGAGUCGCGCACCUGCACCAGUCAAACCCACUGGUGACGUGAAAGAGCUGCAGCCGACCCAAGAUGACGGGGACCAGCAGGACGGUCGGCCCGGUAGCGACAUCUCGGUUUCCUCCACUGGCUCCUGCGAAUCCUCCACGCCGAGGUCCUCGUCCCCGGAGCUGGUGCGCGAGGUGACCCUGACGCAGGACGAGGCGGCUUGUCGGCUGGCAGAGCUCCAGGAGGCCGUGUGCCAGGCCGUGCCCAGACUCAUGGUGUUCGUCAGCAGCCGCUGGAGGACCAAGGACCACUUGGCUAAACACAUCAGGGAGAUCCAGGCUGCGGCUCAGGGCAUCGCCGGCGCAAUGGCCCAGUUCCUGGACUUCGUCCUGGACGUGCGGGGCAACGCGAAUCAGCUGAGCGACGCUAACCUGCAGCUGCGCCUCCACCGGCAGCUGUCUAUCGUGAAGGACUCAGGACUCAUCCUGCAGGAGGCCAUGGCAACGCUGGCCGGUGUCGGCUGGCAGCUAAACACGCUGGUCCAGGACUCCGCCCAGGCACAGACGCCCGACCAGCUAGAGCGCUUCGUCAUGGUGGCACGCACCAUUCCCGAGGACGUCAGGCAUCUGGUGUCCAUCCUGAACGCUAACGGCAAGCUGCUCUUCAGACGGUCUCAGAAGGACCAUGAUAAACCUGCUGGCUGUGACCAACCUGAAACAAAGAACAGCCAGAUGGGUGACAAGCAGAUUAGUGACUCAGGUGGAGAGGACAAUGACUAUGUGCACCUGCAGACAAAGAUGGAGUUUGAGAAGCAGCAAAUGAUGGAGCAAAAGAACAAGAAGUCAAAACAGGUGGCAGUAAACAGGCCCGUUGCUGCAGUAUCGCCACAUGCCUUAUCAGAACACUGCCGUCUCUACUUCGGCGCCCUGCAGAAAGCCAUCGGCGUGCUCGUGCACAGCCUGCAGGACGGGCAGCCGCCCGAGAGCUUCAUUGACCAGGGCAAGCUGGUCAUCAUGGUGGGCCAGAGGCUGGUGGACACCCUGUGCAGGGAGGCGCAGGGCCAGAGCGCCGGGACGAGCCAGGACCUGCUGUACAAGGGCAACCAGCUGUGUGCCCUGCUCAAGCAGCUAGCGGUAGCUACCAAGAAAGCAGCGCUGCACUACCCCGACAAGACAGCCCUGCAGGAAGUGGAGGACUUCGCCAAAGAACUGGCCCACCGCGCACAGCAUUUCCGGACCCUGCUUGAUCAGAGUGCUGUCAGCAGGGAAUGAGCUCCCCUCUGAUACUGGCCAGAACUGGGCACAUGUGGCAGUGACCUCUCUCCUCAUACCAGUGCAUCCCUCACCAUCCAACGUAGCGAUUCUGGUCUUUUUUUUUUGGCCUGAAAAUCAUUGACGUUGUUGACCUCGUUAAUCGUCAGACAGUGAAUUUUUUAAUAUAUCGUAUACUUAAGCUAGAAAACAUGAAGUGGAAGAAUUCUGUCAGACAAGGUAGUGAGUAAUGACACAGAUAGUAUAAAUAUCAGCUAUGGUGUGUGGGCUGGAACCAGAACAAAAAGCCGAGAUGAUCCCGACUAUAAUUAUUCAUGUUAAAGGAUGUAAAUUAAGGAGCUACAUGUUAAUAGUAAAAAAAACAGAAGGUAGUGUGGUACAGCCAGUCAUUUUGCAACUGCUUAUUCUGAAUCAGGGUUGUGAGGUUAAGUGGGAGAGUGGCCUCAAAAACUUUGUUUUAGGUUCUUAAAUGGGCAGGCUCUUUCAGUCUUCUGUUCAGUCACAUUAAUGCAACUGCAGUGAUAUAUUUAUAUACGGUUUACUGUCAAGUAUUGAGGAAGUUCACCAAGAAAAAGACUUGCACUCUACUUUUCCCAAUUUAAUAUGAAUCUUCUGAACUCAAUUCAUGUAUACUAUAAAAGACUUAUGUAUUACUUUGACGGACUUAUGUAUUUUUUGUACAGUUUAUUCAUAAAGAUAUUUCUGAAUUUUU